CUCCGUCAUAGUCUGUACUCUGUAAUGUCCGAAACUUAGUAUCUGUCAAUGAAAACAAUAUUUUAUAUUUCACAAUAGUCAAUACUUAUUUACAAUCUAUUAUCACCAUCUUUGUUGGGAUUUAAUAAUUUGCAAUGAUAAUUACAAUUUCGUGCUUCUAACCGGUACCCAGUUUACCGAGAAUUCAGUAAAGUGCAAUCAUGAAUAAUAUAAUAUCUUGGAGUGCCGAAGACGAGGCUAUCAUUGCUACAAACACGGAUGCUACUGAAUGCAAGCGGUGUGCAGUUGAAUUGGGUUAUUGGAAAGAUGAAUACAUUUCAUAUUUUGCUAAACAUGUCGAUCGAAAAGCUCCAGAAAUAAAUCGUGGAUAUUAUGCGAGAGUUAAAGCAAUGGAAAUGUUUAUUCAUCAAUUUUUAGAGAGAUGUGGUACCAAGUGUCAGAUCAUCAACCUGGGAUGUGGUUUUGAUACUCUGUAUUGGCGCCUCAAGGACACUACACAAGCCGUCAGCAACUUUAUAGAGUUGGACUUUCCAUCGGUAACAAGCAAGAAAUGUCACAUCAUCAAACGUAACAAGCAGCUAUUGGAGAAGAUUUGCAAAGAAGAUGGGGAGGUCGUGAUCCGGUCUGGUGAUCUCCACUCUGACGGUUACCAUCUGCUGGGCUGCGACCUGCGUUGUUUGGAGGAGGUCCGUCGCAAGUUGCAGGCGGCCGGCGCCACUGCCGAGGCACCCGCGCUGUUGCUCGCGGAAUGCGUGUUGGUGUACCUGAGGCCCGAGGCGGCGCUGGCGCUGCUCCGCCACCUGGCCGCCGCCUUCCCUCGCUGCGUGCUCCUGCUUUACGAGCAGUGUAACCUGUCCGACCGCUUCGGCGAGGUCAUGCUGCGCAACCUGAGCGCGCGCGGAUGUCCGCUGGCUGGCGCCGAGCACUGCCGCGAGCCGGCGGCUCAAGCCGAACGCCUCGUGUCACUAGGCUUCGACGCGGCGCGCUCCUGGGACAUGGAGACCGUGUGGCGCUCCUUCCCCGAGGACGAGCGCUCGCGAGUGGACGCGCUGGAGAUGCUGGACGAGCGCGAGCUGCUCCUGCAGCUGAACACGCAUUACGCGCUGACGGUGGCCACUCGCGGGGAACUGUUCGCCGACCUCGACCUCGCCGGGUAGAUCGGCGCGGAGUAUUUAUCGUAGAAGUUUUAAAGAUAUCGCUCGGUGUUAUGAUAGAAUGUUAUUAUCCUCGUGAGCUUCGGAAGUCGACUCGUUCGAGAUGACCGUUCGUCCUUUUAAAAGAAGAGUAUUUUACUUAGUCAGUAUCGUGCCGUUUUCUUGUGCUUACUAAACUUUCCCAUUUCGAUGUAUCGAUGAAUGUUUAUCGUAAUGUUAGCUGUCGCAUGUCGCACGUCACUCGGCGGGAGGCGCGCACGUCGCUCUUAGAAACGUUUCAAUAUUGAGUGCGAGAGAAUCACGGACGGUACUUCUCCUCGGUCCACUUGAUAUUUACUCAAUUUUAUCAAUAUUAAUAAGUGUUAAAUAUUUAUUUAUUGUAACUCAUAAAAACGAUGUAUAUGAAUAAAAA